CGCAGACGCUCAAUAAUAAUAUAUUUUCUCUAUAGCAACGACGAUCCUAAGGAAAGCAAAGCAGCUUUCUACGCAACUAAAUAUGGCGAAAGAAACAACGGGAAUAAACCAAAGAAUGGAACGAAUCGAGCACCUUUUACAAGGUGGCUUAAGGCAAUAUAUGGACAGAAUACGUCAGCCUGAACCAAUUAAUCACUCCAGAGAGAUGGUAAAUUAUGGAACAAGUAACAUUGAGGAGUUAAUCUUAAAUGUACGACUUGAGAACACGCCAAAUCUAAACCAAUGGCAAUGGUGCCAAUGCAGUAAGUAAUUAGUAUGUACAAUAAGUAACAGUUAUAUUUUGAUAUAGAAUUUUGAUAGAAUUGACUAAAAUUAAGGCACUUUAAUUUCUACUAAAUUGUGCAACAAUUAGGCAAGGGCCUAAGUGAAGGUGAACUGAUAAUAAGCGUUUUUCAAAGCACAUCAAGACUGUAUUGAUAUUCCUGUGCAAUUGGUUGCAGAUUAGGUAUGUAUAUCAAUCGGAACUGUCGACUUCUCAGGUAUUCUAAUUUCCUGAUGGCUGCAUGAUCUAAACAGCGCAUGAGACUUGGUUUUCUUAAUGUUUCUCUAACUCAGGAUGACAGUAUACAUGAGGAAUUUACACGCUGCCUAAUCUACUUUCAAUAAAAAUUAAAACAUGCAGUUAAAAAUAAACGGGUAUUGAAUCACAACUUAUACGUCCUAUUUUCCUUGAUCCGGGCUUAAAAUCGAAAGUAUUAGAUAUAGUAAUUCUUAUUCUUAUUAUUAUUAUUAUUAUUAAUUAACAAUUAUUCGCCGAAGGCGAGGUGAUAACCGGGGAAUAUUCACCGAGACGAAGUCGAGGUGAAUCCCCGAUAAUCACCGAGGCUGAGGCGAAUAAUUGUUUUAGUAUUUUUAUACACGUCUUUUGUGUUUUUUGGGACUGAAUUUAUUUUAAUUACGCUUAUUUCUUUAUCAGUAACUUCCACAAAACGGCUAUAGCCGCCAUUUGAAAAUUUUGGUUUGUUAUAUUCACCUGUAGGUGAAUAUAACGGCUUAAUUAAUACGUCAAAUUUGACCAAUCAACUUGUAGGAUUUGUUAUUAUUAUUCACUUGUGCAAAAAUACCAAUUCUUAUUAUUCAUAUUAUGAUUGUGUCCUAUAUAUGUUUUUAUUUUGUAGUGGAAGGUGCUGAAAAAGCUUAAAGUCAUUAAUUUGUGAAAAUAAUAUAACUAUACUAUACGUACAGUCUGUAGUAGCUUUGCUGUUGAGUUCUGCUUUAUUGUGUACUAUAAUGGUUAGCGAUAUAGUGAAACUGUUUGCAGCAGUUUAUGUCAAUCAGUAUAAUUUGUAUGUUUAUUCAUGUCAUUGGAGGUCAUUCUGCGAAUUUUUAUCCUUAACUACGUGCCAAUUUAUAUGCUUAAAAAAUUUUGAAAUGGGCUGCCAUUUUUCACUAAUAAUUUCUAUAGGACGCUUUUGAGUACAUUUGAGUACAUCUUUUAUGUCAUAUGACAUUAUAUUUAUACUGAUGCUAUGUUAUGAAAGUGUUAUAGUAUUAUUUAUUUAUUAACUUUACAACCUUUUAUUCAUGAACAAAUACUAGAAAUUAAAUUUAAGAAUAUUUAACAAUUAUACCAUGAACUCGAGUCGUAUAUGAGCUGAUAGCCGACGAGGUGCGUAGCACCGAGUCGGCUAUCAGCCGAUAUACGACGAGAGCGAAUGGUAUAAUUGUUUUAUAAUAUUUAACAGUUAUUCUACGAACUCGAGUCGAAUAUGAGCUGAUAGAUAUUCGACGAGAGUGAGUGGAAUAACUGUUUUAUUAUAUACACAAGAUCUGAAUUCACAGACUUUGCUUUUCGGAUAUUUUCAAUAUUUUUCUAUUUUGUUUAUGUUUUUAUCUUCGCUCUUUCGGCCGAUUAUUUCUUCAAAAAUAUAUAUUUUUAACCAUUUUAAAUUUUAAAAAUUCAUUUGCUAACCUGUAAACAAUUUUUGGGAAUUUUUUCAUUGUGUUUUUAAUCCUGUAGAGGUUACAAAAAGCGAACAACUUGCCGUUUUCUCGUUAGCAAAAAUCGGAAAUUCAGUUUGAGCCGCCAUUUUGUUUUUCUCUACUAGUAGGAUAUGAGCUAAUAUCCUGCUAGUAGAGAACCAAUCAGAUUGCAGAAUACCUCAUAUCCAGACCUUGUGUAUAUAAUAAAGUCUAAUAGCCAUUAACUGAAGCAAUAAUUAAUUAUCCUCUGUUACAAUGUCUUGACAAUUUGUUCGGCAAAAACCGCUUGGCCUUGAAAAAUUGAAAUACUUUUGUUUUACAACUCGAAGACGAAGUGAAAGAAAUAGUUUUAGAACCGGUAUAUCUCACAGAAAAGCUCAGAUAUAUUAUACAGAUGUUUGGUAGUAUAGUAAGUGCUUGUUGACUGCAAAUUCAUUUGUCUUUCGUUGCAAACUUUUCUGAACAAUUUAUAUUCUCAAUGAACAUGUUUUUUUCGCUGUUGUUUCGGUAUUAAUUCUUUAAAAAACUUGUAUUUAAACUAAUUUCUAUGUAAUAAAUGUAUUUUGCUAACCUGUCAAAUUUUUUUGAGAGUUUUUCCUUGUACUAUUAUCUUUCUCAAAGCGAAUAUUUUCCUUUUUUCUGCUUCGCAAAACUCAUGUAGUUUUUGGACCGCCAUCUUGUUUUUCGCUACUCGCCGUAUAUGAGCUGACAUACGGCGAGUAAUUCAACCAAUCAGAUUGCAGAACAG